UAUCAGAGAAAUGCAAUCACGCCAUCACGCCAACUUAAAACGGUUCACACGAGAAGAAAUCUAGAUUUCUGCGUUACCCUUGCUGUUAACGUUUAGACUAUCAUCAACUUUUUUCAAUUAUCUUCUUGGAUUUACUAAGGUGAUGUGCCUAGCCGAGAAAGGAUUACGGAAACGUUUCCAGCCCUGCUCAUAAUGAAAGAGAUAUCGAUGAAGAAGUCGGACAAAAGCCUCCUGCCAUUAAGAGGCAAAAUAUCUCCUCCAACGAUUUUAAACUGCGACAACCAUACCGAUCAACGAUACCUCGAUAAGGAAACCGCUAAUGAUAUGGCUAAAAGAGAGAGGUUAUUUUCCGUAUCUUCGAGGAGUGCCUGCAGUUCGAAACACGAUUCUAGUUUGUCUGAAGUAAGAUCCAUGACUCCGCCAUUUACACCACCGACGAACAAUACAAAUGAAGAUCAAGGGUUCCUAGUAAGGCGACCUUCGGAACAUUUUCUUGAAGUGCUAGGAGAACAUAAAUCGAGAGAAUCACUACCUAAGGUUCUGUCAGCAUCGUGCCUUCCUCCAUUGCGAAACGCGUCUCAAGGAGAAGACGCUAUUAAGAGGAAUCUUAAAGAUCUGAAGGGAACUAAUGGUGUAAUGAACGAUCAUUACGAUGGAACCUUUACCCGCCCAGUUGCACCUGAUAACAACACAUUGCUUCUGGCGCCCAGCAGUAGGAGAAGAAUGUCAACACCAAUAAGCGUUGAGAAAAAACGUCUUCGAAAAACGAAUUCUUUGCCUUUAAUCAAGACUGGCUUUGCGCUUACAACGGAAACAGACUCCAUAAAUAAUUCCGCCUUCCACAACCACACAACGUCCGCAUUAACAAACCAGGAAAAGAAAAUAGAAGAAUACGCCGACCGCAUUAAAAAUGUAACGAUCGAUGAAUAUUUAGACGAAGAAUUGUGUGACGGAGACGAAGUGAUCGCUCAGGAAGAUGAGGAGACACUCGAAAAGUAUUCAAUGAUUUGUCAUUGGCUGAAAGACUGCGAAAAAGCUAAAAUCACCUAGCAGCAAGAUUCAAACAGACAUUCUGGAAAUGUCUCUGUAAAUAUCUGCUUCAGUGGUCCUUGCAGGCAUGUUGUGUAAGUUAUCAGCUCUCUGUUUGACCUAAUUAAUAAUUUAUCACACCAGCUGUUGUUCCUGGGACGAAAAGCUUUUAACCGGUACUUUGUGCCUUUUGAUACAUACUGUUGAUAACAAGUCUGUUGGUCGGCAUUUGGAGGAAUGCUGAGCAUAGGAGCCUCAAAUUGUUUGGUUUAGUUGAACCUCAUUAUAUAAUCGGCGACAAUACUAUUUGGAUUGUUCGUUUGAAUAAAAAUUUUAAGAAAAUUUGGUUAAUUAAAAAAGACAAGAAAAGGAAAACGAAGCACUCAGGCGCUUCAGCGAUACAGGAAGAGACACUGAUAGCUCUCUCUGAACUAUUUUUAAGAAGGAAAUCAAUCUUCACCACUAUCGAAUCACUUCUUAUCGUUUCAGUAUCAUAGGUUUUCGAGCAUUCUCUACUAAACCAAACAGUUUCGCUUUGAUUAACGCUAUUGUAACGCAACCAAGGAGAAAAACGAAAACAGUUGCAGCAUAUAGUUUCUAUUUGUCUUUUGGAAAUCAUCCGCCUGACGCGUGAUUCUUUACUGACCCGUAAUGUCCUUUGCAUUCCUCCAAAUCCGGAGCAGAUUUGAAAAAUCAACACGUCAUUCCCGUCUGGCGCGGGGUUUUUUAGCUCACUGACCGUAAGUGAGAAAAGAGAGUGUACAUAGCGGACUAAUGAAGAGCUAAAUUGAUACAAUUAACUGCCAAAUUCUAAAAUCCCUCAGAAGUUCUCUAUCAAAACACCAUAUGUUUGUCAUUCUCAACGUCAUUUUAAUUUAUACAUUGCUUGAUUGUACCAAAAUUAGACUCUGAGAGUUAGACCUCCUUGAAAGUUUCAUUCCCGCUCAGGAAAGCGGCUUCUAUUUGUUUAAGGGUUUAGUUUCCUUGAAAUUUAAUUUAUUUGGUCUGAGUAUCUGGGUGGUAUUUACUUUGCGUUUUGUGAAGAUGAUACUCAAAAUCCUUGUUAUGACACAAGAAGAGUCAAGAGGGUUAUCGAUCUGAGAAUUUGUAUGAAAAAGCGAAGUAUGAUUUAAAUAGUUUAUCUCAUAAUGAUUUGAAGUUGUUUGGGGUACGGGAAAAAACUAGUAAGAAUAAAAUUAUAAAAAGUCAA